CAGGUGUGCACACACCGAUGACACAGACAGUGAGUUCCUGGGCUAAAGCAGUUUCUCUCCCAUUGCAGAUAAUGAGCACAUCUAUAUGGAGCUGGAUCAGAAAUUGUCCAAGUACUGUCCCAAAGAAUGGAAGAGAGAAGCAAGCAAGGGCAUUGAUCAGUUUGGGCCUCCAAUGAUCAUUCACUUCAGAGCUCAGUAUUAUGUUGAGAAUGGACGAUUGAUCAGCGAUCGGGUGGCCAGGUACUACUACUACUGGCACCUUAGGAAACAGGUGCUUCUCUCUCAGUGUAUCCAAAGGGAGGAGGCCUACUUCCUCUUGGCAGCCUUCGCCCUGCAGGCUGACCUCGGCAAUUUCAAACGAAACAAGCACUUUGGGAAAUACUUUGAACCUGAAGCGUACUUCCCCCCAUGGGUGAUAGCCAAGCGUGGCCGUGAGUACAUUCUGAGGCAUAUCCCAAACAUGCACAAAGACCAGUUCGCUCUCACGGCUUCAGAGGCACACCUCAAGUAUAUCAAGGAGUGCGCCCAGCUUGAUGAUGUCACAGUCCACUACUACAGACUCUAUAAGGACAAGAAAGAAGUCGAAGCAUCUCUUACAUUGGGCCUGACUUUACGUGGUAUUCAAAUAUUCCAGAAUGUCGGGUCUGUGAGGCAGCUGUUGUACGACUUCCCUUGGACCAAUGUGGGAAAACUGGUAUUUGUGGGGAAGAAGUUUGAAAUCCUUCCUGACGGUCUACCCUCGGCUCGUAAACUCAUCUACUACACAGGAUGUCCUAUGCGGUCUCGCCACCUCCUGCAGCUGCUUAGCAACAGCCACCGGCUCUACAUGAACCUGCAGCCGGUUCUCAAACAAGUCCGUCGACUGGAGGAGAACGAAGAGAAGAAGCAGUACCGGGAGUCAUACAUUAGCGAUGCUCUUGAGCUAGACAUGGAUCAUCUGGACAAGCGUUCCCGCGCUAGUGGCAGCAGCGCAGGCAGCACGUCUCAUCACAAGCGUCUGUCUCGCCACUCCACUACCAGCCACGGCAGCUCGCACACCUCUGGCAUUGAGGCGGACAGCUUCAGGGCCCCCGGCCAAGCUCCGCACAGACCCCUGCGCACCUGCAGCUCGUCCACAACCAGUCACGGGAGCUCGCACACCUCUGGCAUCGAGAGCAGCGGCAAGGAACGCAACCUAGAUGAUGAAGAAAUUGAGAUGCUGGUGGAUGACCCCAAAGACUAUGAGGAGCUUCAUGAAAUGGCCCUGGAUCAGGAGAUGUGCAUUCACAUUACCGAGGACAUGCUGACGAUGUCACCUGAUCAGACCAAUGGAUAUUCAGGAUUGAUUGUAAAAGAUGUUAGCUCCUCCACAUCCAGCUCCUCUGAGACUGUCGUCAAAAUGAGAGGACAGAGCAUCGAGUCUUUGCCACAGACGUCUGCCUGCAGGAAGCCUCAGUCUUCGACUGACCGCCACAGCCAAUCACUAGACGACAUCCGCCUCUAUCAGAAGGACUGCCUGCAGUGGGCGGAGCUCUGCCAGGACACCGCCCACAGCUACACAUUCGGUUGCGCUCAAGAGCUGAGUGACAGCAGCGGCGGAGGCGGCGGCUAUCAAGGCCUUGCCGAUCAGCGUGCCGGCAUGCUUGGCGAGCAGCACCCAUUUCCCAUCAAGAGAACCAACAAGUACUUCUCUCUGGACCUGACCAGCGAAGAGGUUCCCGAGUUUGUCGUGUGACAGAAGCACAAAGUAGGCAACCGCAGGGUGCCCUUUUCGCUCCUCCACGUCAGACGUGGAGAUGUUUCAGGCCUCAGGGAACGAGAUGAGAGGAGCGCUGCAGAGCUGGUUUCUAUUCUUGGCAGCAAAUAGUAGCGAUGAGUAAACUGGCAACAAGUAAGCUGCCCCUUUUAAGCACCACUCGAGACGUUUCACAUAACACAUAAUAAAUCAAUAGACAUUGAGGUUUCUGUCAGAAAAUCAGACUUUAAGAACAAACACUGGGCUCAAAAGAACUAAAAAACUGCACCCCCAGGUCAAAAGAAACAAAAGGGAUUGUGUCAUCUUUAAAAAAAAAAA